AUGGCGGACAGUGUCACGCAGCAGCAGAUGGCAGCAGCUCAGGCGCACUGCAGGCACAGGCCCGAGUGUGGAGAUGAAUUGCUCUUGGACUUACCCUACAGCAACUGCAUUGCGUUCGUCACUCAGACGCUGCUGAGCAGAGGCCUUGGAAAAACCAUCUACUUGACCAUUGCUGUGAUUCUGCUUAUCCCUGAUGCUCUGCACAGCUGGCAUGAAGCCACAGCAAAACCAAGCCUCCGGGCUCAGCUCUCUCCCACCAAGAUGUCUUGCUACGACCUGUGCCCACCAAAAACCAGCAUCGCCGUGCCCCAGCCCAUCGCUGAGAGCUGCAACGAGCUGUGCGCGCGCCAGUGCCCCGACUCUACGGCCUUCAUCCAGCCACCGCCCAUCGUCGUCACCUUCCCCGGCCCCAUCCUCAGCUCCUUCCCCCAGCAAGCCGUGGUGGGCUCCUCCGGAGCACCCGCCUUUGGCAGCUCCCUGGGGCUGGGGGGCCUCUACGGCGCCGGGGCCACUCAGGGCUCGGGGGGCCUCUGCACCUUUGGCAGACCCUACGCUUCUCCUGCCUGCAACCCCUGCGCCUUGCCCCGCUACAGCAGGAAGCUCUGGGACACCUGUGGGCCCUGCUAA